GUGCAACAGCUCACGUCCACCUUCCAAUUAGCUACAAGACCACAGUUUUCUAUUUAAGGCGGCCAUUCCCGCGCCGCUUCUGUCCUUCUUUCCUCUUCUUUUUUUUGCCUCUCCCGUUUUUCCUUGGAGGGGUCACCACACGCUUCAAUUCCAUCCCACUCUUCACGUCUAUCCUUUGUCUCAAGCUAGCCGCAAGGGAGGAUUGACUAAGUAGUCUUUCGGCGUCAGCACGUCUCACAUUGUCAAUUGUAAUCCAGUCAAUCGGGCUUUUGUCUCGACUUCACAACUGCAGCCAUGGCUUCAAACACAAGCGAUCCUGUGCUUGCUCAGAUAUUGGAGGGGCUGGCGGCGCUCCGGAAGGACAAUGCUACCCUCGCGUCAGCGGUUGACGAGAUCAACGGCCGUGUGAACAUGUUGGCGGGGGUCAAGCAGCUUCAUGAUGUUGCUGCUGCGGCGAAUGGCUCCUCAGCGCCUGCGAAGGCGGAGGAGAAGCCAAAGGAGACUGUUGCGAGCCUCAGUGAGACAUAUGAGGGUGCCCCCACUGCUGCCGAAGUGCCUAAGGAACGCCGUGCUAGCACUACCUCCAAGAUCAUCCUUACAAGUUAUCCUGGUCAGGCGGGCGUAGACCCAUUGCCUAUGGAUUGGGGCAAUAAGGAUCCGAAUGUUCGAGGACCAGUUGUAGUAUCAAGGCACCCGGGCACCAUCCGUCGACGAAAUGCAAUCGGCGCCCACGGCGGUUCCUACUCCAUCUACCACGCCCUCGCCGUCGCCAGCAAAGAGCUCGACGUCUCGCACAAGCCCGAUUUCACCAACACCGAGCCCGCCGCCGACAUAGGACCAUUCCCGCAAUGGAGCGAUGCCAAGAAGAUCGUCUCCAUGGACCCUCUAGGCCACCUCGCCCCCUGGCUCUUCGCUGAGACGAUCACAAAGGACAAUGUCGAGAUCAGGCCCACCAUCGCUAUCACCCGCGCGCACAUGAAGCUGCCCGAGCUCGAAGAGAGCGUUCGGAAAGGGCGCCUUGUACCGGAUGGCAAGAUCUGCCUCAAUUCGUCUGGAGAGCUAGCAGUGACCAAGUUCGCGGUUGAGCCCGUAUGGUAUCUGCCUGGUGUAGCGGAGAGGUUUGGAAUCGAUGAGGGAACGCUGAGGAGGGCGUUGUUUGAGGAAACGGGCGGAUCUUACCCCGAGCUCAUCACUCGUGGCGAUAUCAAGCUCUUCCUCCCGCCCAUCGGUGGUCUGACAGUCUACUGCUUCGGCGACCCAGCCAAGAUGUCUGAUCCCAACGUGCGUCUUGCGCUGCGCGUACACGACGAGUGCAAUGGCUCGGACGUCUUCGGUAGCGAUAUCUGCACAUGCCGUCCAUACCUCAUCUUCGGCGUCGAGGAGGCGGUCAAGGAGGCGCAGAAGGGUGGUUCCGGCGUUGUGAUUUACUUCCGAAAGGAGGGUCGCGCGCUGGGCGAAGUGACAAAGUAUCUAGUCUACAAUGCUCGCAAGCGUGGCACUGAUCGCGCGAGUGAGUACUUCCAGCGGACGGAGAAUAUCGCGGGUGUCAAGGAUAUGCGGUUCCAGGCGUUGAUGCCGGAUAUCCUGCAUUGGUUGGGAAUCACCAAGAUCGAUCGCAUGCUCAGCAUGUCCAACAUGAAACACGACGCCAUCGUCGAGCAAGGCAUCCCCAUCCUCGAGCGCGUCCCAAUCCCCGACGACAUGAUCCCGGAAGACAGCCGCGUCGAGAUAGACGCCAAGAUCCAUGCUGGCUACUUCACGACGGGCCAUGUCAUGUCGAUGGAGGAACUGCAGAACGUGAAGGGCAGAGGAUGGGAUGAUGUCGAUGUGAGUUUUUCUGCCCCCCGUCUACAUCCUCCGCAAAGGCUCUUCUUCUCUAACACUACUCUACCAGCACUGAACUCCCCAACCCACGACUAUAUCAGCGGAGCGGUCGAUGUGGCUGAUGGGUAAUGGGGAUGAGAGGGUAGGGUUUCGCGACGAGCUGGGGCAAGGGCGG